GUAAUAGCUAUCAAUCCAACCCAAAAGACAAAAAUUGCAAACGGGCACAUCUGUUCUACAGUGUACUGCAUUUGUUUUUUCAUAUUCAUUUUCUUCCGUAAAGAUGCCCAGAGAAUCUUGGCACCCCAAAAUCAACUUCCUAAAUAAAUGCUUCACAACACUACUCUUCCCCCCAAAUCUCUGAUUCCACAACCAUACUACACUUGGGCCCCCACAUAGAAUUUAAGAAUUUUAGUAAAUUUUAUUAAUUACUACACAUGUUUCAACCAUUUUUAAAACCACAAUUACUGUUAUCACGUCAAUUACUUCAGUAAUAAAACUGCAUGAGAAUAAGCAUCUCAGCUCAAGAACCCACGAGCAACUCACAUGUUCUUGUGACUUAUAAAUAUCAUCCAUUUGUUGCUUCAUAUGUAUGUAUGAAGCAAACACUCGCACGCUACCUGUUUGUUCUAAAUCAGGCAUCUCUUGAGUAUAUGCACCCCAACUACACCAUUUUAAGCUUCUCUUCCCAAACCCCAAGUUGCAAAAGUUGCAAAAGUAGCAAAAGUUGCAAAAUUCUCAGCCCAAGAAACUAACCAGAGAACAAAAAUGGGAACUUCAGUGCGUGUAAAAGAAGCAUCGGUGAUUACACCUUCUGAGCCCACACCAAGGUGCGUGCUCGCUCUAUCAGCGCUGGAUUCGCAACUCUUCCUUCGUUUCACCAUAGAGUAUCUGUUAGUCUACAAGCCUUGCCCUGGGCUGGACCAACCUAACACCGCGGCCCGUCUAAAAUCGGCAUUAGCCAGAGCCCUCGUUCCCUACUAUCCCUUCGCGGGCAGGGUCAGGCCCCGGCCCGAAGGCCCGGGCCUGGAGGUGGUGUGUGCGGCCCAAGGCGCGGUGUUCAUAGAGGCCUUCGCUGCCCGUUACAGGGCCAACGACUUUGAAAAAGCGCCUAAAACAGUUACGCAAUGGAGGCCGUUGUUGUCGCUCCACGUGGCAGACGUGCUCAAGGGCUCUCCGCCGCUGGUGGUUCAGCUCACCUGGCUCGUCGACGGCGCCGCCGCUGUAGCCGUCGGGAUCAACCACUGCCUCUGCGACGGCAUCGGCAGCGCGGAGUUUCUCAACCACUUCGCCGAGUUAGCCAACGAGAGACGCGAGACGAGUUACAUGCGCAUACAGAAACCGGUUUGGGAGCGUCACCUUCUGAAACCACCGCGCGGGGAGCAGACGCGGGUGGACUCGGCUCAUCAUCCCGAGUUUAGCCGAGUCCCGGACCUAUGCGACUUCAUGAACAAGGUAUCGACCGGGCUAAAACCAACAUCGAUUACGUUCGACAAGACGCGGCUGAACGAGCUAAAGCGGGUGGCGCGGUGCACGAGCGAAGCCGGCGAGGCGGCGCGGUACACAUCGUUCGAGGUACUGGCGGCGCACGUGUGGAGAAGCUGGGCGAGAGCGAUAGGAUUUCCGGGGAACCAGAAACUGAAGCUGGUGUUCAGUAUAAACGUGCGGAACCGUCUGAAGCCUGGUUUGCCGGAGGGGUAUUACGGGAACGCGUUUGUUUUGGGGUGUGCGGAGACGAGUGCGAGGGAGUUGGAGGAGAAAGGGGUGGGGUUCGGGUCGGGUUUGGUGAAGCGGGCGAAGGAGAGGGUGGGGAAGGAGCACGUGAGGGAGGUGAUGGAGUGGGUGUGGGAGAGGAAAGGGUGCCCCGACCCGGUUGGGGUGUUGAUAGUGUCGCAGUGGUCGAGGCUAGGGUUGGAGAAUAUUGACGUGGGUUUGGGAAAGGCUUGGCACGUGGGACCCGUGUGCUGCGAUAGGUACUGUUUGUUCUUGCCGGUGAGAGAUGAUGAGUGUGUUAGUGUGAAGGUCAUGGUCGCUGUCCCCACUUCCGCCGUUGACAAUUACCACCUUUUCAUGCGUUCCUCUCACCUCUGACUCAUCACUUCUUCACUUCUACUAUGCUUAUUCUCUCAUUCUUAUUAUGCUUCUUCACCUUUUACCUAUAACCAUUACGUAUCUCACACCUCUAUCAUCUACUUCAAUUUUUGACUUUCUUACGCUAAUCUGUAACCAAAAGCACUCUGUGUUAUGUAUUAUUAUUCAUGGCAUAUCUGCAAUUUUACUUCUUUCUCGGACA